AUGGAAAAUAAUACAAUUCUACCUUCAGGAAAUGAUGAUACAGACAAUUUUGACCCAUCAUCUCGGAAAAGGAAAUUAAGAGCUUCUGAUGUAGAAGCUAAAUUGGGAAAUCAAAUUCCUUACGAGUUAAACCAGCAACGAGGUCCAUUUUCAUGGACAGGCGAUCAAAGACAUACUCAUCAAUCAUUGUUGUAUCCAAGUCAUUCCUUGGAAUCAAAUACUAUCAGGAAUCAAUUUCAGAUGGACCAACUUCAUUGUCAGAGUUAUUCACUUGAACCACGGUCCACUAGAAAUGGGUACUUGUAUCACAAUGUAAUCAGCAAUCCCCCUUCUACCCUCUCAUCACAAUCUCCAAAGCGUGAAGGUUGUUCUUCACUAUAUCAGACGCUGGCCAGGAAGACACCUGAAGUAUUAAAUUGUGCACCAGACGGUUAUAGUAUGUUUAGUAGAAGUGGAACUACACUUCCUUCUCUUCCAAGAUCAUGCAAUGCUACCAUAGAGAAUACUCACAUUGAGGACGAUAUAGUGAUGUAUGGGAUCAAGAAGCAUGGAACACCCAAAGUAUCAUCUGACAUUGGUAAAGUAGCGCCUGAAUCUUCAAGGUCUGUGGAAACAGUGGCUAUCAGCUUUCCUGAUGGCUUCAAUAAAAGAACUUGUUCAGAGGAAGAAAGUAAGAUAGAAAGUGCAUGCAUAUUAAGAAUAAGUCACCAGGACUCUAUGUAUUCUGGAAUUAGUAAUCUCCCAUCUGAACUAGCUGAUAAUUCAAGAGUAUCAGCCGUAGAAAGGGGAAAGCAGAAGUCAUCACAAAAUGUUUUGAGAAGUGUUAGCGCAGAGGAGAAUUCGGGUACUGAAGAACAAGGUCACAAGGAGGGUAAUAAUAACUUCAUGAAACAAACAGAGACAACUGAUGAGGAUAUCAAAGAUUCAUAUAUAGAGGAUUCAGUAAAAGAUGGAGGCAUGUUGAUGACCAGAAUUGGGAAUGCACAUUCAAGUAAGAUAACCACUGGUUCUUCCAAAUUUUUGGAUAAGGAAAGAUUGUCUCCUGCAAAGGCAGCCUCUUUGGUUCAUGAAAAGCUCUGGGAGGGUUCUCUUCAGCUUAAUUCUUCCGUGACUGCGUCUGCUGUUGCCUUCUAUAAAAGUGGUGAAAGAUUGCUUGAUGUCAACUGGUCUGAAUGUGUAGAAGUUAAAGGAAAAGUAAGAUUAGAAGCUUUUGAGAAAUAUAUCCAAGAUCUUCCUCGGUCACGCACUCGGGGAUUGAUGGUGACUUCCCUGUGUUGGAAAAAGGGAUCAGCUGAAAGAGGUCUCAAGGGCAUGAAAGAGGUUGCGAAAGGAUACAGGAAAGGCGAGAGGGUCGGAUUUGCAAAACUCUCACCAGGUGUUGAUAUUUACAUCUGUCCACCGAGUGAUAAAAUUAUCACAAUUCUUGCAAAAUACGGUUUCUUCAAGGGCUUGGCUGCUGGUGAAGACAAAUCAGAACUAUUUCUCGGUUGUAUAGUCUGGCGGAAAAAUCAAAUGAUUUCAGGUACCGGUGAGAAAAAGUCUGCGACUUCAGGGGCUGUUGAGAAAAAAUCCGAGACUUCAGGUUCUGUCGAGAAAAAAUCUGAGAAUGAUGAUUCCUUGUCAGAUCAGAUUCUGAAAAUCCAAUCAGACGGCUCUAAUCAAUCGGUAGUAGAGAGAGGUUCAUCUUCUCUGUCACAUACAUUCGUCAAUUGUUCCUCAGCUCUUGGAAUUGUAAAUGUCGAUGACAAAAAAAUUGAAGUUAGUAAAAUGUCCUCUUCCAUUGAGUUCUUGCCAACUGCUUCAGUUCAAACAAUGGUUUCUAUUUCAGCUGGGGAACAAAAAUCUAGAUUUUCCAGCACGUCAAAAGGCUUUGAGCGGCAGUUACAGGAAACAAAAACUUAUUGGGCACAACAUCCCAAGAUGGAACAAUCUAAAACAAGUUCAGAACUCAAUAAAGCUGUUAUUCCUUUCCCAUGUCCAGCAAUCAAAUCGAACAUGCCUGUUGGAGAUGAUGAUGAUCUUCCUGAAUUUGACUUCAAAACUGCCUGUGAAAUUCCUCUAGCUUCAGUUGGGAUGACACUUCAUCCCAAAGGAAUUCAGAUUUCAGAUGGGUUAGUGGUACAAUCUAAAAACUCUGUUUCGCUUGCCACACCCAAAAGUUCUUUUGACGAAAUGAACAAGAAAAAGCUUUUCUGUGAUGAUGAUGAUGACAUGCCCGAAUGGCUUCCACCCAAGCCUCAGAUUCAAUCCUCAGCGGCAGCAAACAAGCCAUCAGCCAUGCUGCACACUGCAUCUUUUAACUCAACUUCCAGAGUUCCACCUCAGCGCCCUUCUGGUUCCGUACCUCCAAAGCUCCCUUCGGGCCCUCUGCCUCGUCAAUGUUCAGUGCCUCCUCGUCCAGAUUAUUCACCCCAGGGAUUUCCACCAUUUCAUCGCCAACCUCCAAAUUUGAGAGUGCCACCACCGAUGCCUUUCCAAAAUGGUCCAAGGCUAAGGCCUUCAACAGGGUUUACUUUUAUUCCAGCUUUGCAGCCACUAUCAGGUUCAUUCGAAUCCAAACAUCCCUCUGUUCCUGGUAAUAUUCGAGGGUGGAGGCCUUCUUAA